UCACGUAAAUAUGGUCGGUUCAGAGAAAAAAUUCACAUCCACUGUAAGCUAAACGCGGAGAUAAAGAUUUUCACGUUCUCGAUGGCAUUCUGGAGCUUAGCCGAUACUUGUCGCUUCUGCGGUAACCAGAAUGAAGAUGUGAAAGUAGAUCUUGUCAAAACCGGACUAUACGAGAAAUUGCUUCAAUAUCUUCCUCUGAAGUUCGAGAUGAAAGAUUGUUUAUCCAAAUUGGCUUGUACCGAAUGCGCAAAUUUCAUACAUCAAACGGAAAAAUUCGUUUUAAAUGCGCAACAAAUAGAAAAGGAUAUGCUUGAAAGAAAGAGGAACAUUUCCUUAGAAUUAGGCAAUGUAAUAGGCACGGAAGAAAUACGGUCAUUGGUAAACUCAGCCAUGACAAAGGUAACAAAACCAAAACCAGAAAGUGUGAACGAUAUCUUGCGAAAACUUAACACAACGUCCCUUAUAAUAAAAAGAAUUGGAAAUAAAAUUUCACCUAAAGCAGAAGUAUUAGAAGAAGAAGAGCUGAUAAAAAAUGGAACUCCGGUAAUGAAAAUGAAGAUGGAAAUUUUAGACGAAGAAAUCGAAAACCUGCCCGCAGAAGAUUUUGUUCAGUACAAUGAAACAGACGAUGAAGAACCUGCCAAUUUUUCGACGGAAAAAGACUACCAAAACAUUCAGUCAUUAGAAGUUGAAGAAUUAUAUUCAGAAAACGAGCUUGACCAUAGCAAUGACGAGCAAAUGUCUUUGCUGGUGGAACUCGAUAAUCCUGAUUCGCUAAAAAUAAUGGCUGAUGAGAAUUAUUCUGGGAAACCUAAAAUUAAACACCGCUCAUCGAACUCCAAAGGUGUUGUAAUUAAUCUUACGGAUCCUUGUCACUAUGUGUGUGUGACUUGUAAAGGAAAGUUUAGUAGCUUCGAAGAGUUACAAAAUCAUAUUGAUCAAAACGUGUCCUGUAAAAAAGUGAACUGCACCUGUGAACACUGCGGCAAGGUUUGUGAUAAUAGACGAGCACUCUAUCAGCAUAAACAAACGCACAAUCCGAAACCACAAUUGAUAUGUGAUCAGUGCGGCAAGGUUUAUACGAACUCGUUCAACCUGGAGAACCAUAAAAGUCAAGUACAUGGGGAAGAAAUCGAAGAGUUUGGAUAUGUUUAUAAAUGCUGUGAUCAAACUUUCCCCACUCGACGGGAGUUGAAUGAUCAUAUUGCCACGCACAGUAAAAAACUUAAUCUCCUAUGUGAUACAUGUGGAAAGUCAUUCACUUCGCAUAAGGCACUCCGUUCCCACAACAUGAGUCACCUCAACAUCCGCCCCUUCUCGUGUGAUAUGUGUGACAAAUCCUUCAGGACUAAGCUGCUUCUAGUGCAACAUUCACAUAUUCACACCGGUGUCAAGGUUUUCAACUGCGAUCAGUGCGAAAAGUCAUUCGCCAAAAAAGAAUCGCUCAAGAAACACUAUAAACUACACUCCAGCGAGCCAGUAACGUGGUCAUCCACUGGGGAAAAAAUAAUCUCGCUGAAAGCGAUCGAGCAACUUCAGCAGGAGCAAUUUAUCGAAUACACCGAAUUGCAAAAAAUAUCUGAUGAUGUUAAAUAUUCGGAAUUCUAGCUCAAAUGGUGUGUUAACUCUGUUCGCUAUUUUUUAUGAUUUCUCUAAUAAUAAAAUAAUAAAACAAUG